AUGUCAGAUCAAACACCACCAGAAACCAGAAACAAUAAUUCCAAAAAUUCAAGCACCAACACCAAAAAUCCUGGUAUGGAUUCAUCACAUCCAUAUUUUGUUCAUCAAUCAGAUCACCCCGGUCUCAUGCUCGUUCCCAUAAAGUUGAACGGCACCAAUUACCCAUCUUGGAGUAAAUCCAUGCUCCAUGCUCUUACGGCCAAGAACAAAGUUGGCUUUGUCAACGGAUCCGUUCAACCUCCUUCAGAAACUGAACAACCAGCUGAAUAUGCUCUCUGGAAUCAAUGCAAUAGUAUGAUUUUAUCAUGGCUUGCUCACUCGGUGGAACCCGAUCUGGCCAAAGCAGUUGUUCAUGCCAAGACUGUCCAUCAAGUGUGGCAAGAUUUCAAAGAUCAAUUCUCACAAAAGAAUGCACCAACCAUAUAUCAGAUACAGAAAUCCAUCGCCUCUCUCUCACAAGGCACCAUGACGGUUUCAGACUAUUACAAGAAACUCAAGGAUCUCUGGGACGACUUAGAAACAUAUCAAACACCUCUCACAUGUAACGAGAUGAAAGCACACAAUACACAAAAGGAAGAAGAUCGGAUGAUGCAAUUCCUUAUGGGCCUCAACGACACCUACAACGGUGUUCGCGGCAAUAUCCUCAUGAUGUCGCCAUUGCCUAAUGUCCGCCAAGCCUAUUCACUCGUCGUUCAAGACGAAACACAGCGACAAAUAACAUCAGGACCAACAGAGAAUUUUUCCAUUGCUGCUGCGAUUCACAGCCGAUCAAACAAUAUGUCGAAUAAUUCGAUGAACAAACACUGUGAGCACUGUGAUAGAAACGGUCAUACAAUUGAAGAAUGUCGGACCCUCAAAUUCCAUUGCAAGUAUUGUGAUAGGAGAGGCCACACUGAGGAUAGAUGUAAAUUUAAAAAUGGGACAUGGGUUCCCAAUGACACAGGAAUUCAAGGCAGUAAGCACAAUCAAUCUAAGCAACAACGUCAAGGGUCUAAAGGGCACAAUUCGCGUGGGUCUUUUUCUACUGCCCACGCAGCAGACACAGCUCCAGCGCAUGAGGCCCAGUCAUAUGGUUUCAAUGCAACAACCCAGCCAGCCUCUCAAUCCAACCCUUUACAUGGGCUUUCUGCAGAGCAACUCCAACAACUAGCACAUGUCGUUUCUAUGAUGAGUUCAACUCAUUCCUCUGGUAAUAGCAAUGCUUAUGCAAAUGCUGCAGGAUUUGGCUACGGGGAAGAUGAUUGGCUCGGGUAAACAGCGUGGUGGUCUCUAUUACAUGUCUCCGUUGCAAAAGACACCUGUCUCAUAUCAAGUUUCACUCUCAUCUGAUUUAUGGCACAUGCGACUUGGACACCCGUCCCCUGCUCGUCUUCGAUUAGCUUCUUCAUUAUUGCCUUCCAAUACCAUUUCUUUUGAUAAUAAUUGUAGUGUUUGUCCCAUGGCCAAACAAACAAGACUUCCAUUUCCUCUAAGUUCAAUAUCAACUAAAGCUCCUUUUGAUU